AUGGCCCUGAGCGCCUCUAGUUAUCAAGCAACAGCUGAUCGUGUUACCACAUGGCUGAUAUUCAUUCCACCUUUUAUCGGUCUGAUUUGGUCGAUGAUCGAAGCAUGGCGAGUCGCAGCUGUCAAACUCGAUGGACAUCUAGGUGAAUAUAAACUAUCUGACCCAUUAACAGCAGAGCACGGAACAAAUGUUGUUCAGCAGCUUGCUAUUAUGAAGCGCAUUGCCAAGAAUAUUGCCGAGGGUGCGGGCACCUUUCUUUAUCAAGAGUACCGGUACAUGGUUGUUUACAUCAUCGUUUUCUCAAUUAUUAUUGGCCCCUCUGUUGGUAUUGGAGCCAUGGUGUCCUUCAUUAUCGGAUCACUGACUUCAAUUGUUUGCGGAUGGAUUGGAAUGAAGAUCGCCGUUUACGCGAAUGUCCGCACGGCCCAUGAGGCGUGGACCGAUCUUGAGCCUGCCUUUGAAGUUGCGCUUCGUGCAGGUUCAGUGAUGGGUUUCGUUCUUGUUUCCCUUGGAAUUCUCAAUUUGGCUGUUUUGAUCGUCAUCUAUUCGAUGCCACAGUUUUUCGGUGAUAGCACAAAGGAACUUUAUGAAGCUAUCGCAGGAUACGGUCUUGGUGGUUCAUCAAUUGCUCUCUUUGGGCGUGUCGGAGGAGGGAUUUACACCAAAGCUGCGGACGUGGGAGCAGAUUUGUCCGGAAAGAACGAAUACGGAAUGUCUGAAGACGACCCUAGAAACCCUGCAUGCAUCGCUGACAAUGUCGGUGACAAUGUUGGUGACGUUGCUGGCAUGGGUGCUGAUCUCUUCGGUUCACUCGCGGAAUCCACUUGCGCUGCUCUUGUUAUUGCUGGUGCAUCUGCUGGAGUUUUCGAAGGAGUUGCUGGACUUGCCAACACUUGGUCAGGAAUGAUGUUUCCCGUCGUUAUCUCAUCAACAGGAAUUAUCGUCGGUGUCAUCACAAUCAUUAUUAUCCAAAACUUCUAUCCCGUUCGUGAAUUGGAGCAAAUUGAAAAGGCAUUGAAGCAAGUCCUUGUCAUCUCGACCACUCUUCAAACCCCUGUCGUUAUCAUUCUCUCGUAUUAUCUUCUUCCCACCGAAUUCUAUCUGAGAAAUUUUGGAGUCUCGACAUGGUGGAAGGCGAUGCUGUCAAUCGUUCUCGGGUUGUGGUCGGGACUGGUGAUCGGAUUCAUCACAGAAUAUUACACAUCGCAUUCCUAUUUCCCAGUUCGUGAAAUUUCACGUACUCAAGUCGUCUCUGCUGCAACUGGGAUCAUCUAUGGUUUGGCUCUCGGCUAUCUCAGCUGCAUUACAGUUGUCUGCUUGGCUGUGUCCGUCUGUGUCGCUCACCAAAUUGCCGGCAUGUAUGGAAUUGCCCUUGCUGCGCUCGGAAUGCUGGGAACGCUCACGAUGGGUCUUACAAUUGAUGCCUACGGUCCCAUUUCUGAUAAUGCUGGAGGAAUCGCUGAGAUGGCUGGUUUGGGUCCCGAAGUUCGUUACAAGACUGACGCUCUCGAUGCUGCUGGAAAUACAACUGCUGCUAUCGGAAAGGGUUUUGCAAUUGGAUCAGCGGCACUUGUUUCGUUGGCAUUGUUCGGAGCUUACACAGUUCGAGCCCAAGUCAAAGUUGUCGACAUUCUCGACCCCUGGACGUUCACUGGUCUUCUCUACGGCGCUAUGAUGCCCUACGCCUUUGCCGCUUUAACAAUGAAAUCGGUUGGAAUUGCCGCGACUGAUAUGGUGAAAGAAUGCCUCGAUCAAUUCCCGAAAAUCAUCAACGGAACUAUGGAGCCUCAAUACAAUCGGUGCAUCGCGAUCUCGACCCGUGCAGCUCUUCGUGAAAUGAUCGCACCUGGUGCGCUUGUCAUUUUGUCGCCUCUUGUUGGCGGAGUUCUCUUCGGAAAGAACGCCGUCGCUGGAAUGCUUGCUGGAGCUCUUGUUUCUGGCGUCCAACUUGCGAUUUCCAGCUCCAAUUCGGGAGGGGCUUGGGACAAUGCGAAAAAGUACAUCGAGACUGGAGCACUGGGACCUGAUCACGCCAAGGGAUCCGCUGCUCAUAAGAACGCAGUCACUGGCGAUACUGUCGGCGACCCAUUGAAAGACACAUCUGGACCAUCGCUGAAUAUUCUCGUCAAGCUGUCUGCGAUUAUUUCCCUGGUGUUUGGGUCUGUCUUGGCCGAUCAUUUCUCUAAUGAACAGGGGGGGCCGUUCUGGGUCCACGCCUCUGCUUGA